AUGUUGUUUGUGUCAAGGAACUACGUAAUUCAAACAUUGGUUCUUAUUAUUGGCGUUUCGGCAAUCGAUUUGCCACUAUUAGAUACAAGCCGUGUCCACCAACUAUCCAAAAGAGGCGAGGAAGAUUUUUGUGCUAGCUGUAUCAAAGCCCGGGAUAUCGUAGUGAAUGAAUGUGUGAUUCCAUCUGACAAUAAUGAAACGAAAGCAUUCUCAUGUAUUUGUCAACUUGGAUCUGACUUUUGGAGACUUCAUAGCAUUUGUUCAAAAGAUUGUCAUCAACUUGAUAAGGAGAAUGGGAAGCUUGAUGUAACUCCAAAGGGUAUACAAGAAAUCUACUGUCAAAUUGCGUUUGAAUUUCCUUCUAUGAGUGGAAAAGAUUCCGAAUCGGAUUCGUCAGUUUUUGCUAGUGUUAAACAUCAAGCAUUGGCUCGGUCAAAUGCGUAUAUCAAUUCAGAGGGAGGGAAUUCAUCUAAAAUGACAAUAAGAACUGGUGGGAAAAGACCGAAUUACAAAAAUUCCACUAGCUCAUCAAUUGUUAGAUCAAAUGGGCCGUUUCAAAAUUGGACUUCAGAAAGGAGGAAUGGGCCAUUUGGGUUUGCAAUAACUGAGAAUAGGGCCUCUUUAGUAGAAAGAUGGUCCAUGCUUUACUUACUUGCAACUACUUUCCUUUAA